UAAACGUCAAAAAAUUUAUCCAGAAACGAAACCUUGCUCUCUUUUUCUUUUACAUUGUCUCGGGCUUAUUUUUGAGACGUGUCGGGUUCAAAAAUUGUUAAGACGGUGUGAAUGAAAGCAAGGGAUUAUCCGAGACGAAGGCGAAGAAAUUAUGAAUUGGACGGGGAUGGACUCCGAUCGAUAUUCUUCUUCUGUUGGUUCUGUAAUACUCGUCAGGUUUUCCUUUUUGUUACAAGAGGUGGACUACUGAUGAUUAUGGCAGGGAUUGCCAGAUUCGGCACUCUCUCUUCAAAGCUCUCUGUUUUUUCAAUCAACGCCACCACGUCCCUCAGAGCUCGCUACCCUUUGUUCAAACACCGAGUUAACUCGGUAUGCCCGUCACCAACUCGAUCCGAACACGGCUCCGUGGGAAGCUCUCCCCUGUCCCAUGUAAGUUCUCUCUGUGUUCAGCUCGAGUCAACUUCUCAGUUGUCAGCAUUUCGCCCACCAGAACUUCCCCAAAUGAACCCGAAAACGGAGACCAUAUUCAGCCCCCAAUCUCCGACGAAUUGUUCAAGGCGGGACCCAAAUUGGGUCCUUAUAAAUUGGGUGACUCCACAUUCUAUUCUCUCGUCGAGAACUGCGCAACGUCUGGCGAUUUCGGGUCGUUGCAGAGAGUUUUUGAUCGCAUGAAGCGCGAACGCAGAGUGUUUAUAGAGAAGAUUUUCAUUCCUGUGUUUAGAGCCUACGGGAAAGCGCAUUCACCCGAAAAAGCUGUAGACUUGUUUUACAGAAUGGAGGAUGAGUUCCAAUGCAGACCAACUGUUCGAUCAUUUAACACGGUCUUUAAUGUGAUUAUUCAAGAGCGCAUGUACUACCGUGCAUUGGAGUUUCAUGCGGAUGUUGUCAGUAAUAACAACAUUUCACCUAAUGUUUUAACUUUCAAUUUGGUUAUAAAAGCUAUGUGUAAAUUAGGACUGAUUGAUAGAGCUGUUGAGGUGUUUAGGGAAAUGCCGCCACGGAAUUGUGCUCCUGACGUGUUUACUUACUGCACUCUGAUGGAUGGGUUGUGCAAGGAGGAUAGGAUUGAUGAAGCAGUGUCCCUGUUGGAUGAGAUGCAAAUAGAGGGGUGUUUCCCUAGUUCUGUGACAUUUAAUGUGUUGAUUCACGGGCUUUGUAAGAAGGGUGACAUGGGCCGGGCAGCAAAGCUGGUGGAAAACAUGCUACUCAAAGGUUGUGUUCCGAAUGAAGUGACUUAUAACACCCUUAUACAUGGUCUCUGUCUGAAAGGCAAGUUGGGCAAGGCAAUCAGUCUUUUGGAGAGGAUGGUACAGAGUAAAUGUGUUCCUAAUGAUGUUACCUAUGGAACAAUCAUCAAUGGGCUUGUUAAGCAAGGAAGAACUCUUGAUGGUCUCCAAUUGUUGGUUUUGUUGGAGGAAAGAGGUUAUCAUGCGAAUGAGUAUGUCUACUCAACACUUGUUAGUGGGCUGUUCAAGGAUGGAAAAUCUGGAGAGGCAAUAAGAUUGUGGAAAGAAAUGUUGGAUAAACAGUGCAAACCCAAUACUGUUGUUUUUAGUGCACUUAUAGAUGGUUUAUGCCGUGAAGGAAAACCUGAUGAAGCUAAAGAAAUUCUGUCUGAGAUGGAGAAUAAUCAUUGUAUGCCCAAUGCUUACGCCUAUAGCUCCUUGAUGAAAGGUUUCUUCAAAACAGGCAAUAGCCAUAAAGCAAUUCUUUUGUGGAAAGAGAUGGAAAACAACAGUUGUCUGGAUAAUGAGGUUUGUUAUAGUGUACUUAUUAAUGGCCUGUGCGAAGAUGGGAAACUUAGGGAGGCCAUGAUGGUGUGGAAGAAAAUGUUAGGCAGAGGAUUCAUGCCUGAUGUUGUGAGUUAUAGUUCAAUGAUAAAUGGCCUCUGCAAUGCUGGGUUAGUUGAACAGGGAUUGAAACUUUUCAAUGUGAUGCUUUGCCACAAUUCUACUUCUCAACCCGAUGUAAUCACCUAUAACAUACUUUUCCAUGCCUUGUGCAAGCAAAGCAGUAUUUCACAUGCCAUUAAUCUUCUAAAUAUUAUGUUGGAUCGAGGUUGUGAUCCUGACUUGGUCACAUGCAACAUUUUCUUGAAAGCUUUGAGAGAGACGCUGAACCCUCCACAAGAUGGGAGCCAAUUUCUUGAAGAACUUGUGGCACGUUUGUACAAGCGUCGGAGAAUUGCAGCUGCCUCUAAAAUUGUAGAAGUGAUGCUUCAAAAGUUUCUUCCUUUAAAGGCCUCUACUUGGGAAAUGGUUGUUCAAGAAAUUUGCAAGCCAAGGAAGAUUCAAGCAGCUAUUGACAAGUGCUGGAGUGACCUGUUCUGCUGACUUUCAUGAAAGCAUUGAGAUAAAAGCUGAACCUCCAAAGAUGGGAGCCAAGUUCUUUAUUGACAUGUGAUAUGCUAUAAAAGUUCAUAGAAUUGUGGCAGCUACUAAAACUGUAGAAUUGGUUCUUUAAAAAUUUCCUCCUUUAAAGGCUUCUACUUGGAGAGGGGACCCUUGGUAGCAAUGAUAAUGUUGCUCCUUUGUGACAAGAAGGUCAUGGGUUCAAGUUGUGGAAAUAGCUUGUUUGCAAAAAAGCAAGGGAAAGACUGAAUACAAAUACACCACUCUUCCUUGGUUCUCACAAAGCAGGGAGUCUUGCACUGUGGACACCCUAUAGGCCUCUACUUGGAAAGGCUGUUUGAUAACUUUGCAAACCAAGGAAAAUUUGAACUGCUAUUGACAUGCUAGAGGAUAUAUUCUGUUGGUUUUCAGGUGGUACUAAUCAAGGAUCCUUGCCUACAGUUGAUAAGAGAUGUCUGUCAUUUCAAGGCCCUGCGCUUCCUAUGCUGUUUGCCUCAGUGACCUUCGUGGGUUCUGGGCUAUUUUGCCCAUGGGCCAUGUCGUAAGUUGCAUGGAGACCAAAAA